GUAAACAACUGCAUGUGGAAACCUGUGUAAACAGAGCUGUCGAGAACACAAAUACUGAAAUAGAAUCUAUAGUUUUGCUCUUAUUUCCACAAUUCAUAGUUUGGGUAACUUUGUGUGAAACCAAAGUAGGUACAGUUGUGUGCCAAAAGUGAAGUUUUUUAAAAACAGGAUUGGAUGAGCAAAAUGCAGUUCACAGCUGAUCAAGUCAACUCUUUGGCACAGAUGCUAAAACCACCAGAUGAAGACAGCGAUUCUGACUGUGAACUCGAUGAAAGGCCUUCAUCAUAUGGGAAAAUGGGACCAGGUCAGAUUGGCCCUGCUUCUAAAACAGACCAGAAAUCUGAGAAAGUACCUGCAUCAAAGGGAAAUUCCAAAGAUAUAUGGGACGAAAAUGAGGUACCAGAGGGAUCAGAAUUUGACACAACAUUUGACCCAAGGCCUCAACCAGAAUAUGACAUUGUAUUUAAACAAGCAGUCUCCUCAGAGGACAUGUUUCUACAGAUGGGCAACAAAACACCGUCCACAGCUAGCUGUGAAGAUAUGGUGAUAAAAAUCAAGCUACCUGGAACAAAAGGAGCUGAUCUCACUUUAGACGUAAAAUCCAAAUUUCUAGAUCUGAGGACACCAAAAUACAAACUGGGACUACAUUUACCACAUCCUGUAGAUCACAAAUCAGGAAAGGCCCAGUGGGAUGGAGACAAGGAAAUUCUAAAUGUCACUCUACGCAUGCAGCGAGAAUAUGACUUUAUGAACUUCUAACUCAAUUUUUUCUGCAUUGAUGCAUAUACAUGUAUGUGUUCAUAUUGUUAUUUUUUUCAUGUGUUUCCGUCCAAAAUGAUCUUAUAAUAAAUGAUCUGAAAUACUUUGAGGAUUUUGUUUAGAAAGGGCAUAGAAAAGUUAUUGAUUGCUCCUUGUUGCAAUGAAUCGGCAACCUGGAUCCCA